AUGCACCGCAGAGGGAUUAGGUGUCAAGCCAUGCGUAGACAAGGACAGCCAGGUGAUGUGGAGGAGGAGUCAUGCAGCGAGGAUGAUGGGAGUGUCGGUUUGGUUGAAGGGAUUGGUGAAGUGGAUGAGGAGGGACGGGAUGAUCGUGAUGCCGUGACAUAUGGUGGGGCACUGGUCGAGGUGUUUGGUAGGGAUCCCGGAACUGCCGGUGAUGUUGGUCUUGAUGAACGCACAACCACGAACUCAGACUUGCCCACUCAAACAGAUAAUUCGGCGGGGACACAGAUAGACAUCACCCAAGAGAGUCAGGCGGGACGAGUGUCGGAUACUUCGGUGGCCGAGCGGGUGGAAGGGUUGAGGACUGCGGAGGACGUGGUUGCAGGGCGUAUACGGCGGAUGCAGGGAUUACUCCUGCAGCGUGAUGUGGCAAGACAGGCAGGAGAGGAACGUGCAACAACUGAAGGGAUGGAAGGUCAGCAGGGGUUGAGAGGGCAGCAGGGGAUGGGAGGACACCCGGGGUUGCGAGGGCAGCAGGGGAUGGCAAGGCAGCAGGGGAUGGCAAGGCAGCAGGGGAUGGCCUGGCAGCAGGGGAGCAGCGGACAGGCAGGGUUGGGAGGGCGGCAGCGGAUGGGAGGGCAGCAGGGGAUGGCAAGGCAGCAUGGGAUGACAGGGCAGCAGGGGAGCAGCGGACAGGCGGGGUUGGGAGGGCAGCAGAGGAUGGGAGGGCAGCAGGGGUUGGGAGGGCAGCAGGGGUUGGGAGGGCAGCAGGGGUUGGGAGGGCAGCAGGGGUUGGAAGGGCAGCAGGGGUUGGGAGGGCAGCGGGGGUUGGGAGGGCAGCGGGGGUUUGGGAGGGCAGCGGGGGUUGGGAGGGCAGCAGGGGUUGGGAGGGCAGCAGGGGUUGGGAAGGCAGCAGGGGAUGGGAGGGCAGCAGGGGAUGGCAAGGCAGCAUGGGAUGACAGGGGAGCAGGGGUUGGGAGGGCAGCAGGGGAUGGUAGGGCAGCAGAGGUUGGGGGGGCAGCAGGGGUUGGGAGGGCAGCAGGGGAUGGCAAGGCAGCAUGGGAUGACAGGGGAGCAGGGGUUGGGAGGGCAGCAGGGAAUGGGAGGGCAGCAGGGGUUGGGGGGGGCAGCAUGGGUUGGGAGGGCAGCAUGGGAUGA